UUUACUACAUUUUAAAGCUUUUGCAGUAUUUUUCCGUAUAACUAAAAAAAGCAAAAAAAAAAUAAAUAAUAAAAAAUACUGCUUAGUUUUUAGAAUAUUCUCCUUUUAAUCUCAAUAAAAACUUUAUAAGAACAAAAAAAAAUGGCACGCCAAUUUGUUGUUUUGACCCUAUUGGCUUUAACCAUCGCCACUGCUUUUGCAGCUGACGCUCCUUCUGCCUCCCCCAAAAAAUCUCCAUCACCCACUGCUACAUCAACGAAAGCUCCUGCAGCCCCAACCAAGGCCCCUGCAGCCCCAACCAAGGAUCCUGCAUCACCAACCAAGGCUCCAGCAGCCGCACCUAAGUCAUCUUCGGCCUCUUCUCCCAAAGCAUCUUCCCCUGCUGCCGAAGGACCCGUUUCCGACGAUGACUACAGUGCCUCCAGUCCUAGUGACUCUGAGGCACCUACCGUCUCCUCCCCACCGUCACCCACCCCUGAUAGCAGUGCUGCUGAUGGACCAAGCGACGGACCUAGUGCAGAGUCACCUUCAAACGGUGUUGUGGCAACCGUCAAAUUUUCCGUUGUUGGUAUAAUGGCCGUUGUUGGUUUCUUUUUCUUUUCUUUCUAAGUUAAAUCAUCUACGUUUUUGCUUGGAUAAAAGUUUUGAAUUGUGGUUGAAAAAUAAUUUUAUAUAUACGCUUAUAAAUCGAGAUUAAUUGGAGUUGAUAUAAAACCUAAUUUCAUAAUGAAAUUUUGUUAGAACAAAUUUUUCA